AUGCGUGUCGCUUCCGCUGCUGUCGUUGCCUCCCUGGCUGCCGGUGCCAUUGCUACCGAGUACAAGACCGUCUAUGUCACCGAGUACACCACCGUUUGCCCUAAGGCCACUUCUCUGGCCACUGGUCCUGGUGCCGGUUCUGGCUCGGGUGCCCAGACUACCCCGGUUGCUGCUCAGCCUACCACUGUCACCAUCUCCGGCACCCCUUACACCUACUCCACUCCAUUGGUUACCUCGACUGUGACCCACUGUGACAAGUGCUCCGCUACUGCCGUCCCUGCCACCUCCACCCCCGAAGGUGCCGCUGCUGUCGGUACCGGUGCCUCCCCCAGUGAGGCUCCCGGCUCUGGCUCCGGCUCUGGCUCUGGCGCUUCCCCCAGCGAGGGUGCCUCUCCUAGCGGUGCCGCCGCUGGCUCUGGCUCCGGCUCUUCCCCCAGCGGCGCCGCUGCUGUCGGUACCGGUCCCUCCCCCAGUGAGGCCGCCUCUGGAUCCGGCUCUGGAUCCGGUGCUUCUCCUAGCGGUGCCUCCGCCGGCUCUGGCUCUGGCUCCGGCUCCGGCUCCUCCCCCAGCGGUGCUGCCGCUGGUUCCGGAGCUGGUUCCCCCGGUGCUUCCGCUGGUCCCAGCGGAGCCGGUGCCAUUGGAAUCGGCGCCACCACCCCAGUCGUCUCUUACACCCCGGUCCCCACCCCUAGUGGCUUCCACCCCUCUUCUCGCCCUCUGAUCCCCAGCAGCAAGCCCGCCUCCUCCAAGCUCGUUGCUUCCUCCAGCGCCACCCCCGCUGCCUCUAGCCCCGCCCCUGCUAGCUCUUCCAGCUCCAGCUCCAGCUCCAGCUCCGGCUCCUCUGCUACCUCCCCCGAGGGUGUCUCCGCCGCUGGCACUGGCUCUGGCUCUGCCACCACUCCCUCCGCCCCUGUCUUCACUGGCGCCGCUACCCGCGCCGCGGCCGGUGCUGGUGCCGGAUUGGCCUCCGUCUUCGCUCUCGUCGCCUUCCUUCUGUAA